AUGACUGACUAUCCUGGAGACGAGUGGUCGACCACUUACGACACAUACGAUACACAAGGAUCAACAAGAGAUCCCGCAGGUGCGACCUAUGAUUCACUGGGCUCAACCUACGACCCGUCGGGCUACGGCACCUACGGCGCAACCGACUACGGCGCGGUGGGCUACGGCACAGACCCGACUGGCACAACAUACGACACCACAUACGACACCGGCUACGGUACCACAACAUAUGAUCCCCGCAGCGGUGCCUACGACCAACAUCUCGACUACCGCACUCCAACCGGCCGCCGACACCACCGCGAGCGAGUUGAUCAGAGUGGCACCUAUCGCCAUCGCGACGUUGACCGGUAUGACGAUGGAUCCACUCGGGUCCACAGAGAAUACGACAAUCCAAACACCGGUACUAGCUACCAUCGCGACUAUGAGCGAUAG